GAGGUAAUGGAAGUCCUGGGCGCCCACCCCGGCACCAUCUGGUCGGAGCGGGACGAGGCGAGCCAAGGCAAGCUUGAAGAGGAAGCAAACACGACGGCGCUCCUAGCCGAGCAGGUCCUCGAGCUACAGGCGGCGGACCAGCGUUGCCAGAAGCUCCUGGCGGACACGUCUGAGGAGCAGCGCGCGCUGGAGCUGAAGGUCCAGAUGGCGGAGGACGAGGCAGCGCAGCUCUCCCACAGGUCGCACGAGCAGAGCCAGAAGAUCUCGCAGCUCGAGCAGGCCCUGGCGGAGCUGCAGGAGCGCCGUGGCGCGGCGGCGGGAACCCUCUCCCCAGCGCGCAGGGCUGAGGGGCGCGCCCCGUUCGCGGAGGUCCCCGCCUUCCCGCGCCUGGCCUCGGGCAGCGGCGCGCAGACGGAGGAACUCGAGGUCGGCGUCGGGGGGGGCCAGCAGAACACCGCAGAGCACGGGCAGAGCAACGGCGACGCUCAGGGGGCGCACGGGGACCAGAAGAGCACCAAGCAGAACCAGGGCAGGCACCUGAACAUAGUGAAGACGGAGGAGCGCAACGGCACCGCGAUGGAGGGCGUCGGCAGCGAGUUCGACGACCAGGGCGGGACGCUGGGCGCCAACGCGGAGGAGGUGAGCACCAAGGGCGGCAAGGACGGCUCCGCGGGCAAGAACAUGCAGGGGGCCGUCGGCAACCAGCAGAGCACCGUGGGGAACCAGGGCAGUCACCUGCGCACCUACGCGACGAAGCAGAGCACCAGCGACGUGCAGGAGUACCAGGCGCGGUCGGCCCCUGACUGCCACUUCCACGACGGAUUCGCGUGCUUGGCCGAGAUCUCCGUCGACGAGGACGGCAGCGCGCAUGGCUUGGGCCCACGAGGCGAAGAGUAUGAGUUCGACGAUAGCUACGUCGUCGGCGACGAGAUGGUGUGGCUCCUGCAGUGCACCAAGGGAUCGCCGCCUUGCUACACGUACUCCGAGCUCUGCCUGCCAGCCAGCGAGGAGGAGCACGAGCCCUGGCAGCAGCCCUAA